GGGGCAGGGGCAGGGGCAGGGCAGGGAGAGGCGCUGGGCAGGGCGGCUGGCUGCCGGCGGCUGGCCCGCGCCCUCGGAGAGUGGGUGGGUGGGGGCAGCGGCCAGGGCGUUCCUGGCCGGGAGCCCAGCUGAGUCUUUUGUAAUCACAACAUGAUCUCGUGUGCUGGGCGGCGAAGCCGGCAGGGAGAGGCUGGCGGAGGCCUGGCCCCGGUGGCUCCCGCGGCCCUCCUGCUCCGGCUCCCCCGGGGCUGCUCUGGAAUCCUCUCCGUGCCUGCGGCUGCCAUGCACUCGGCUGCAGGAAGAGAAGGACGCAGAGCUGGACCGGAGGAUAGUUGCUCUGCGAAAGAAGAACCAGGCCCUGCUGCGCAGGUACCAGGAGAUCCAGGAGGACCGCCGGCAGGCGGAGCAGGGGGGCAUGGCUCUGACCACGCCGGAGCUGCUGCCAGCCGACAGCCUCACCGUCACCAUCAGCCAGGUUCCCGGGGGGAAGCGGGGGUCAGCCGGCACUGGGCGAGGAGCACCCUUGGGCCUGGAGCAGCCAACGAGUCGCUGGAGGAUGAGGAGGUGGGGGACCUCGCUGACUCUUUCUGCCUGGGGGAGCGGGUGGAGCUGGCCGUGACCAUGGAGAACAAAGCCGAGGCCAAGCGGAUCGUGAGUGAGAAGCCCAGAGCACGGGACCAGGGGGCAGACGGGCCGCCCGGAGAGGGCCUGGGCCCGGGCCGGGGCUCCUUCGCGCACACGGCUGCCGGCGUGGAUUCUGCACGGAGGGGCGCCCGGGAGCCCCGGAAUGCAGGCCUGGGACGCCCGGCUCCCCGCAGGCCCGCGCGGGGGCCCCCGGACGGGGGCUGGGACUACGCGCAGUGGAAGCAGGAGCGGGAGGAGAUCGACCUGGCCCGCCUCGCCCGGCACAGGGAUGCACAGGGUGACUGGCGCCGCCCAUGGGACCUGGACAAGGCCAAGCCCACCAAGCCUCGGGAGGAGGGCCCCAGCGGGACGGGCAGCACCAGGGGUCCCUGGAGCCACCGGAAGCCACAGCCCCCACCCCGGUCCCCUGACGGCAAAGGUGGUGCCGCCCGGGGCGGGCCAUCUGGCAGGCCCUUGGUGGCCCUGGCCCUGCACAGCAAAGCCCGAGGGACGGAGAGGCUGACCGGCAGGGCCCGCAGGUGGGAGACCAAGGAAGACCAGGAGGCGGUGGAGAGCCAGGAGGGAGGUGAAAGCACCAGCCGGACUCUGAAGGAGGAGGAACAGGCACAGACCCAGGGCAGCACGGAGCAGGGCAGUGCCCGGAGCCCCCAGGCAGCCAGCCCCGCGCCGGCAUCCCCCGAGGGGACCAAGGCGGAGCCAGAAGCUUCGGCAGCCAGUCCGGCCCCCGGCUCUCCACGGAAUGCGGACCUGGCCCCCCUUGACCUCUCCCUCAGAGGCCCCGGGCCUGGGAAGGGCACGUGUCUGAGGCGGGGGCCCCGGGAGAGCCCUGUGUCCCCGGGGGAGGGCUCUGAGCGGCCUGUGUGUUCGGAUGACCCCCAGGCUGAGCGGGAAGUCCAGGCUUGCUCUGAGCCACAAAGAGGAGCAGGGCCCCUUGAGCCCAGGAGAGACAGGCCUGGCAGGGCUGGGGCCCCGCGAAGCAGGCCCCCCCGAGGAGCAGGCCAACGAGCGAGGGGCACAGGAGGCGUGGGGAGUGGAAGAGGGGGCCCCGGCCCUGCGGGGAGAUGCUGAGCAAAGCCCCGGGGAGCAGGGGCACCGGACUGGGAAGAGAAGGAACGGUCACAGUCAAGAGCUUCUCUGUGACGGGUGUCUGGUUGCUGUGGCUGGUGGCCGUGUGGCUCAGCGGUUUGGCAAACUCCCUGGCCCAGUGACGUGUGGGAGCCAGGAGCUGUCCUUCCUGCACCUCCUGUGCACAUCCCUGGGCAUGUGUGUUUCCCACACCCGGUCUCUGAGGCUGGUCAGCCCUGCCUUGGGUCUACUGCUGCCUGGGCCUCCAGCUUGCCCUGCCCUGCCCUGCCCUUCCCUGCCCCCCAGAGAGCAAGGCUGAGAAGCACUUAGCACCUGGCUUGUGUGGCCUCCCUCUCCAGCUGCCAGCUGCCAGCUCCUCGGUGCAGGCACCUCGGCAGCUGGCAUGACCAGCCCAGGCCUGGGCCCUUUCCCUCGCCUCUGCCUUGCACCCAGACUCACAGGGCGGCCAAUCCAGCGGCCAGAAGCCUUCGGCCUUUCUAGAAAAGCAGGCUGACGUCCAGAGAAAGGGAGGCCGCAGCUGGCAGAGGCUGAGCUGGGGCUGGGAGAGCAGAGCUCAGGUCUCCCCCGGGAAGACUUCCUCCCUGAAAUGGAAUGAGAGUGGGGAGGAGGGGACGGUGCAGCGGGAGACCUCACCAUCAGGGACCACCCCCACACCAGUUCAGAUGCAGAGUGCACCCUGCAGGGGGGGCCAGGGACCAGCCCUGCAGCCUGAGGCCAUUGCCUGCCAUCUCCUCCUUCCUCUCCCACCACCUCUCUGCACCAGUCAGGCAAAAGCAAGGACGCAGACAGGAUCUCAGAGAUCUCAGAGAAACAGCAACUCUCCCUAAGUACGACAUCAGGGCUUGUUUUCCUACUGAAGUCUCCAUUUCUGCCCCUCCUCUGAGGCCCACGUCUGGUGAAUUAUCCAGACUCCGCACAAGCUGUGGCUUCCUCUCAAUUCAACAAACAUUUCCUGAGCACACACUACCAGCAACGCAGCCUGUGGGCGACAGUGACUUUGCCAGCGAGGGGGAGGGAGGAAACCUAGUCAUCCGGCUGAGCCAGGGCAGAGCCAGGCUGCACAGCGGGAGCCCGACAGGGGACAGGGCCUGGGAUGGUGGGAGGAACCCUCCCUUUCUCAAUGCGUGUACCCUUUGCCCCCCAGCCUUUGCCUGGAUCUCCCCGAGGGCCCCCCUCUGCUCCCCUCCUCUCUGCUCCUGCCAUGGCUGUUCCUCUCUGCUGGCCUCACCAGCUUCCCUAGGCUCUCUGCGGUCACCCAGAUUGUCCCCGGGAUGUCCAUUGUCAAAGGGAGGCCUUGACCAUGAGGUCGCGGCCUGGGCUUCCUCAGGGGCUCUCACUGCACCCUCCCCACCCAUUCAGGAAGCGAGAGGAGGGGCUCAUGCUGACAGCAGUGCUUCUCCCUCACUGAGGUGCAGAGCAAUGCAGAUGCUAAUUCAGCAGGCGGGGGGCAGGCCGGGGACUUUCAUGUCUGAUGCAUCGCCAGCUGGGGCCUAUGCCGCUGAUUCCUGGAUCACACUUCAGCAGUCAGGGUUUGGACCAGCAUCUGGGGGGCUGGGGGCAAAGACAGACUAGACUCCCACUGCCUGCUGCUGCCUGUGGAAGGCCGAGGAAGCGCUGCCCCUGUGCGGGGAGCUGCCUGGCUGCAGAGCUGCCCGUGUGGGAAGCUGAGGCAGCUGGGGAGAGGUGGAGAGGCCAGUGAGGGCUGCCAGCUUCGCGGGGUGAGAGUGGAAAAGCUGGGUGGGAAAGGGCUGAGGUGAAGGGGCUGGAAGAGGCUGGUGUGGGUUGGCCAAAGGGAUUUUGAAAAGGCUUGGGAACAUGCCUAUGCGUAUGGGAGGAAGACCCCAGGAAAUGAAUAGGCCAGAGUGAAGGAGUCCCAGCUCAGGCUUUCCUCUUGCCUCCCAGGCACACAGAUAGGGCUUUGGAGCUUUGCCCUGGCCCUGGAACCCAUGACUCCCAGAGGCUGGAGCUGGGGUAGGCAGAGCCCUUCAAUGCAGGUGUCUCCAACAAUAACUGUGACCAAGACUUUGAAUUCUAAGGUUCACAAACUUCUCCCAACUCCAGUGCAGCCAUCUGUACAGGAGUGUCUUCAUUAGAGGGCGUGUUGACUGUGGGAUGGGGAUGUAGCAUUUGGGCAGAGCGCUGGUUCAGUCCUCACAACAGGACAUAAGCAAGAGAGAAAGAGGGGCAGGGGGCUACGGACAGAUAGGGCUUCUCUCCCUGAGGGCCACGCCCGAAAGGAUGUUAGCAGAAAGGGAGUCACGAGGGGCUGGAUAGAAGACCGGCACAGGACAGUCUCCCUGGAGGAAGAUUGUAGAGCAAGGCAAAUAUCACUGUAGUUUAAUAACAAAGGGGAGCCCUGCCCUGCCCUGGCCAGUGUGGCUCAGUGAGCCACCGGCCCAUGCACCAGAGGUUCGUGGGUUCGAUUCCAGGUCAAGGGCACAUACCUUGGUUUUUUUCCAGGCCCAUUGUGUGGGAGGCAAGCAAUCGAUGUGUCUCUCUCACAGGAAUAUUUCUCUCUCUCUCCCCCCUCCCUCUCUUCCACUCUAAAAAUCAAUGGAAAAAACACCCUGGGGUGAGGAGUAACACCACCAAACAGAAGGGAGCCAGCCCUUCUUCAGGAUAAAGGGAGCCAGCAGCUCUGAGGGCCGCCCUCCUGCCCUCAGAACCAGAUGUGGAGCAGGAGGGGAACGUGGGUAGACACCCCUCCACAAAACUCGGGGUCCUGGAAGGCUGGCUUUCUCUCUUCCUGGACCCGUAAGGCCUGGUCCGGCGCCCUCCUCUUAGAAUCCCUUCUCUGCUCCAACCAACAGGCAGGAUUGCCCUUAAAAGUGGAGGUUCUUCGUGAGACACGGCUUUCAGGAGCCCCCGAGCCGGAGGAACUGAGAAAGGAGGGCGCGGAGGGUAACAGGAAGCCAGCAGGGAGAUGACAGCUUUACCGAAGGCCUCCAAACAGGGGGCGCGGAAGAGGCAGUGCUGGGCCCAUGUCCCUUCGCAGAGAGGAACAGCAGACCGAAUUGUAAGGGAGGUUUGCGUUCUGUUUUGUUUUAAUCAGGUUUCUUAUUGGUGUUUAGAGAGGAAGGUUGAGGGCGAGAGAGAAACAAUGACGUAACAUCGAUCAGCUGUCCCCUGCCCUUCCCCACCUGGGAUGGAGCCUGCAACCUGGGCAUGUGCCCUGACCAGGAACUGAACCGGCGCCCUUCCAGGGCAUGGGACAAAGCCCAACCAACUGAGCCACACCGGCCCUUUUUUGAUGAUGGGACACACAUGAGCUUUGGGAUCCGACAGACUGAAUCUGAAUCCUGUUUGCCACCUGCCAGCUGGAUGACCGUGGUCAAUUUAGCUUCUAAAAGCCUGUGUUCUGAUCUGCAACAGGGGGCUAGUAAUAUCUAGCUGAAAGGCUGUUCAAAUAAAGAUAAGAGUAUGAAAAACAUGCCUGGCACACAGUAGGCACUCUAUUAACAGUAGCCUGGCUCCACAAGGCACUUGGUGAAUACUGUUGAAUAAAUGAAGUAGUUAUUUGGUGUGACCUGUCUA